AUAAAUAAAUAUAUAAAAAGCAAAGUAGUUGGAUUGCCCAACAUCUGUUUCUUCGCCAUUCUCAUCUUCAAUCUCCAAACUCUCACAGAUCUUGGCACCAAUAAACCCCACCCCUUUGACACCAAUUCCAAGAUCUCAAAAAACCAAUCACACUCAACCAAUCCAACAACAUGACCGAACUUCAACUACCCACUUACGACAUCAUCAUCUUCGGAGCAUCCGGUUUCACCGGCAAGUACGUAGUCCGAGAAGCCCUCAAGUUCCUCAACUCCCCCAAUUCCCCCCUCAAAACCCUAGCUUUAGCCGGUCGAAACUCUAACAAACUCACUGAAUCCCUCAAAUGGGCUUCCGGUUCCAAAACCCACCCCACCAUCCCCCUCAUCAUCGCCGACACAUCUGACCCAUCAUCUCUCCGGCGAAUGGCUUCUCAAACAAAGCUUGUCCUCAACUGCGUUGGCCCGUAUCGCAAGUACGGUGACCCUGUUGUUAAUGCUUGUGUUGAAGUGGGCUGUGAUUACUUGGAUAUUUGUGGUGAACCGGAGUUUAUGGAGAGGAUGGAAGCGGUUUAUUUUGAGAAGGCGGUUGAGAAGGGUAGUUUGGUGGUUUCUGCUUGUGGGUUUGAUUCGGUUCCAGCUGAAUUUGGGUUGAUGUUUAAUUCCAGGCAGUGGGUUGAGCCUGCUGUGCCGAAUCGGGUUGAGGCUUACUUAAAUCUUGAAUCUGAUAAAAGGAUUGUGGGGAAUUUUGGGACGUUUGAGUCCGCGGUUUUGGGGGUGGCUAAUGUGCAUAAGUUGGCCGAGUUGCGAAGGUCUAGACCGAAAAGAUCUCGACCUAAUAUUCCUGGCCCUGGGCCUGUAAAAGGAUCCACCAUAGAACACCAAGAAGAGCUUGGACUUUGGGCUAUGAAACUGCCAUCGGCGGACGCUAUUGUUGUCCGUAGAACGUUUUCUACUCUUACGGAGAACCCAAGAGGCCUGCAAGGUGUGAAUGAGGAUCCUAAACAGGCAGAGAAACGUGCAGCGUUUUGGUCGACGAUUAAGCCUGCUCAUUUUGGGGUUAAGAUUGCCACCAAGAGUCUUCUGAGUGUGUUCGGGUUCAUUGCAAUCGGGUUGUCAAUUGGGCUGCUGGGCAGCUUUGCUUUCGGGAGGUGGCUUCUGCUGAAAUUCCCUUCGAUUUUCACGUUUGGAGGGUUCAGGAAGAAGGGUCCGACUGAAGAGGAAGUGGCGAGUGCCACUUUUAAGAUGUGGUUUGUGGGAUAUGGAUUUAGUGAUGCCAAACUUGCUUCUCAGGAAGGUGCAAAGCCGGAUACAGAAAUCAUUACGCGAGUAAUGGGGCCGGAGAUUGGAUACUUGACAACGCCCAUCAUUCUGAUUCAGUGUGCUUUGAUUGUGUUGAAACAGCGUCAAGAUCUUCCUAAAGGCGGCGUCUUGACUCCUGGGAUCGUUUUUGGCCCUUUUGAUCUUCAAGAUCGACUUCAGGAGAAUGGGAUUUCGUUUGAUUUGAUUUCAGAAAAAUGAAAAUCUACACAAUUGGUAUGUAAUGUAUGAUCUUUUCUAAGUUUUUAAUGUAAUAAAAAGAUUUGCAGACGCGGUUAAUUGGUUAUGGAUAGUUGUCUUCACUAUCA